UAAUGCAUACUAGAAUUUCUUUAGAUUAAAUCUAGGAAAGCAUUAGCUAUUAAUCCUAUGAAACUCAUACUACAAUAUAGGAGAAUUUUUAAUUAAGUUCUGUAAUUAAUAAUAUAAAAUUAGAAUAUCUCUUUGGAUUUUCAUAAUGGAGGCAAGAAAUUCAUGCAAAAAUAGAAAGGCAUGGAAUAAUAAGGGUAUAAUAUAUAUUUAAUUAUAGGUUUGAAUUUUAUUUAAAAACAAGAAAAUAAUAUGAAUCCUGUUUAAAUAGCGGUGUUAAAAAUUUUUGUUAUCUAUAAUUAAAUUUUGUAUGAA